CAUUUAACAUGGUCCACAUUUUCCAUAUGUACAUUAGAUUUUGAUAAAUCUUCAAAUUAAAUAAUUUCAUGGAGUUUUUAAUGCUAGAGAUAAAUAUGAAGAUGUAGAUGUUUAGGCCUUUAGGGCACCAAAGGGGUACUUUCGUCACAUCAGAAAAAUACACAAGGGCAAAAUCGUCACACGCACUGACAGGGAAUACAUGGUGAAAUCACUCCUCCAAAGCCCCAUCUUCUCUCUCUCUCAAAUAUGAACACAGAGGAAGAGGAAGAGAAGAAACAAUUCAUCAAUCCACAAUUCUCUCUCUAGAAAUCAUCCGUCGGAUUUUCUCCACUGCUCAUGUUCGUGAUCCGACGACCAUAAAUUCACGGUUCAUUUGAUCCAAUCACGGCACCAGCUGGCCAUGGCGCUGCAUUUUUCCGUGCGUUGUACUUUUGGCUGAUGACGAUGCGAAUUGAAACAGAGGAGAUUAAAAAAUGAAUCUGUAAAUUCAAAGCUGUUUUGUGAAGAUACAUAUAUUUAUAUAUAUAUUUUUUGUUGUAGCGUGAUUUUUGUGAGCUGAAAACAUCCGAGGAUGCAUAAUCGGAAAGCGUACAGGGGAGGAUUUUGAUUGGCUAUCCUUUACAGUGUGAAGGUUCGCAAACCAACUUGUUUGCAUGUAGAUACAGAAGAAUAUGGAGACAACUACAUGUGAUGUUAAUCACUUGGAAGCUGACGCCCUUUUGCCACCUCGAAAACGGCUUCUGGCCGGAUUGAAGCGGCAGAAUUCUGAUGUCAAUUCCCCACCGCCAGCAACUGCUAUUGUUGCUGGGAGCAAGAACUACGUGCAUCUCAAUAAUCCGUUUAAGUCCCAGUUGAUUAAUCCUAAUCUUUCGAAUGAAGAGAUUGUCGAAGCGUCUAGAAUUGCAGCUACAGAAGCUGCAAAAGUUGCAAAAGCUGCGAGAGCCAAUGCUGAAGAGAAAGCCGCAAAAGCCGCAAAGGCAGUAGCUGCUGCCAAGACUGCAUUGGAUCUUGUCGCCACUCUUUCCGAUGAGGUGGCAGUCGAAGAAAAACACCUGAAAAAGAACAAGAUGAAGAAGCAGGUUCCUGUCGAAACACUGUACAAUAAAAACAAAGGCAAAAAUACUACUAACUGUAGAACAGACGAAGAAUUGGCCCGUAAGUUGCACCAAGCCAUCAACAGUUCUCCAAGAAUCUUGAAGAACUCGUCAGAUUCCGUUGUAAAAAAUCACAAGCAUAAAAGGCUGAAAAGCUCUGCAGACACCACCACUACUACUACUAGCAGUGGUCAUGGUGCAGUAGGUGAGGUAGACACAGAAGGUCCUGUAAUAAAGAAGAUAGACACGAUUAUGGUAGAUUUGAGCACACCGAAACAUGACAAAGGUGACCGAUUGAAGUUUGAAAAUAACGAAGUUUUGGAUAGUUACGGUAAAAAAAGGGGAAGAAUGAAGCAGAAAAAGUUGCCGUUGAGUAUUUGUAGUUCCAAGGAUCAAAGUGGUCCCAAAGAGGAGCUGAAAUUACGAGGGGCGCCACUGUUGGAAGAUAACCAGACCCUGUUUCAAAUGGGGCCGUCGGACAAUAAUUUGUUGCCUGUAGAGAGGGCAUCGAUGUGGAAGUGCCAAACGUUCAAGGCACCGGUUUGUGUUAAACAGAAUAAAGUUAUGCAGUUAUAGUGUCGAUACUUGUAUUUUUAACAACCGCAGGAGGCCGUUGUGAUUGAAGUCUGGCCUAAGUUAGUACUCAGUUAUGGUUUUUGUAUACGUGAGGCCCUUUUGUUUUUUUUUUUUUUGUUUUUUGCUUGCUUGUGAGUAGACUGUUGUGAUUUUUGAAGUUUAAAUGUAUAUUGUUGUGCUUUGGUUGA